AUGCAUACCAAACUCCUCGCCGCCUCGCUCUUUGGCCUGGGUGCCAUCGCAGUCCCCUUGGAAGCCAACGUUGAAAAGCGCAGCUGUCCUCCCAUCCACAUUUUCGGUGCCCGUGAAACCUCAGUCAGCCCGGGCUUUGGCUCUGCGGGAACUGUGGUCAACUCCAUUCUGAACGCUUACCCUGGCUCAACCGCCGAAGCGAUCAACUAUCCCGCCUGUGGUGGACAAGCGUCUUGUGGCUAUGUCGGCUACUCCAGCUCCGUGCAGCAGGGUAUCAACGCCGUCACUUCGGCUGUGAAUCAGUUCAAUUCUCAGUGUCCGAGUACCAAGAUUGUCCUGGUCGGAUAUUCUCAAGGAAGCGAAAUCUUCGACGUCAACCUCUGCGGUGGCGGUGACCCCAACCAAGGAUUCAACAACAAGAACGUGCUGCUUUCCUCUUCUGCAGUCAACAUGGUCAAGGCAGCCAUCUUCAUGGGUGAUCCCUUGUUCAAGGCCGGUCUGCCUUACGAGGUUGGAAGCUGCAGAGCUGGAGGAUUUGAUGCACGCCCGUCUGGCUUCUAUUGCCCUUCAGCCAGCAAGAUCCAGUCGUACUGUGACGCCUCGGACCCGUAUUGUUGCAAUGGUAACAACCCUGCUACCCACCAGGGCUACGGUAACGAGUACGGUUCUCAGGCAUUGGCCUUUGUCAAGUCCAAGCUGGGUUAG